GUGUGCAAUUUGAAAUGGUGUUCACACUCUGGUUGGGGCCUCUGAUACUGGCCUCAGCUUUUGCAUGGACAGUGGCAGCAUUCCAAGGGUGUGAUUUUUCUCAAGGGAAAUGGGUCAUUGAUGAACCUUCCCUCCACCCUCUCUAUGAUCCCUCAAGGGACUGUCCCUUCAUUGGCCAAGGAUUUGAUUGCUUGAGAAAUGCCAGGCCAGAUAAGGACUACCUUAAGUAUAGAUGGCUGCCCUCAACUUGUGAACUUCCAAGGUUUGAUGGAAGGAAGUUUUUGGAGAGCAACAAAGGAAAGAAGAUAAUGUUUGUGGGGGACUCCAUAAGUAACAACAUGUGGCAGUCACUUACUUGUUUGCUUCACAAUGCAGUCCCAAACUCAAGCUACACCUUAACAAGUCAAACACCGGAACUUUCUGUAUUCUCAUUCCCGGAAUAUGGAGCUUCAAUCAUGUGGUUGAAAAAUGGGUUCCUAGUGGAUUUGGUUUAUGACAAAGAAAAAGGGAGGAUUUUGAAAUUGGACAGCAUUAGCUCUGGGGACCAGUGGAAAGGAGUGGAUGUUUUGAUUUUCAACAGUUACCAUUGGUGGACUCACACUGGAAAGUCUCAAACAUGGAAUUACUUUGAAGUGGGUGGGAAAUUGAUCCAGGACAUGGAUCACUUGGAAGCUUUCAAGAUUGGGCUGAGCACUUGGGCUAAAUGGGUUGAUUCUAACAUUGAUACAUCAAAGACUAGAGUCUUGUUUCAGGGAAUUGCUGCUUCCCAUGUUGACAAAACGGGGUGCCUAAGGAAAACUAAACCAGAUGAAGGAACAAUGGCACCAUAUCCUGGUGUGGACAUAGUGAAGAGUGUUCUAAGUAACAUGACAAAGCCUGCGCAAUUGCUUGACAUAACUCUGCUCACACAACUGAGGAGGGAUGGUCACCCCUCUAUCUACACAGGACGAGGCACUUCUUUUGAUGACUGUAGUCAUUGGUGUCUGGCUGGUGUUCCUGAUGCAUGGAAUGAAAUAUUGUAUGCUCUUCUGCUUGGAAAUUAGCAUCUUCAUCCUAUUAAUUUAUGUUACCCUUAUUAUUAUUUAUUGCCCUUGAGGAUAUAGGGCUCCCAUAAAUUUGAGUAUGAGCUUCUAAUAACAUUGAAAAUAUUCAUUUUCUCAAACCAAUAAGAAAAUGUAGAUGUAUUAAUGUUACUUUACAGCCCCUAAAAUGCAAAUAUUACUUUAGCAGUAUUGCAAGAAUGGCAUGGGAAUGUAUCUAAUAAUUUCGCAGUUUAUUUUUUUUAAUUUUGUUUUUACAACAAACU